AUGGCGGACUGUUCAGCGGAAAGGACGAGGCGGGAAAUUGAGAGAAGAAGGCCGGCUACAUUGCAUUUGAAGAGGACACAUCAAGUGCCCAAGUUUCAAUACUCCGUCGAUCGGUACGAGCCCUCGCCACCGGCCGAACCGAUGAAGAAGCCCCAAUCGUCGCCGAGUCUCAGUCCGGCCAGAGAACAGCUGGUCGCCCAGCAAAAUGGAGAGAAACGCUCGGUUUCGCCACGACCGAAAAAAUCGGAGGAAAGGCGCGAUUCGAUGGCUAAAAUGAGAGCCUUCAAAUCGGACGAGGCUUUUUCGCGACCAACCAUGCAAAAAAUGAAAACAUUGGAUGUGCCGAGUGAUCAGUUGCUCCGUCAAAUGUCAUUGAAUGAACCAAGUCCGCCCGGCUCUGAACAUUCCCCAUCACAACGACACCUUUCACUCCUCACAUUGACCUCAAAACAGAAAAAAGCGUUAAAGGCUUCAUUUUCGACACUAAACAGUGGUGGGCAAUUUUUGCGAAUCGUCGAGCAGGUUUUUCGACGGAUGGAGAACAAAUUUCCGGAUAUUCGAUCAAUCUUUUUAACGACAGCUUUCGUCAAUUCGUUGUCAAGAGAACGAGAAUCACCACCACUUGUUAAAACUGAGCACGAUCAUUGCAAAUGUUUAGUUGGAAUGUUCGAGAGAAUCGUCGAGAAUGUCGAUGAAAUGGACAAAGAGAUCUCGCUUUUGAGGCAGUAUGGAGAGAAACAUGCACAGAUGAGAGACAGUGGUUUCACUGGGUCGAUGAUUGAGACGUUUGGCGAGUUGGCGAUUGGAGUCAUUGGGGCACAGGAUUGCGUCAAGUAUAAUCAAGAUGGUGUGAAAGCUUGGCGGCUUCUUUUGGCCUUCAUUACUGAUGAGAUGAAAGCCGGCUUCGAUCGUUCGAUGAAAAUGAUUGAUCGCAGAAACUCACAAGCUCAAUCCUCACAAGAAAGCUUUUCAUCCGAGUGCCCGUUUAGGGAGAAAUUUGAGCGACUU